AUGUCUUUAGAAGAAAUUCUUCUCCAUCUGUUUGAUAAAACCUUAGACUCUAAUACCAAUGAUCAUUUAUAAACAAUCUUAGCCAGUCAAACUAAGAUUAUACAAUUAAAAAAAGAGAAUGUCACUCCAACUAUUGUACUUUAGAAAUCAUCAAUAUAAUAAAAAUUAGAUACCUUAGAUAAAAAGAUUCUUAAUAAAGAUAGCUUUAGAAGUAAAAGAUAAUCAAAAAAUGAUAAUAUUUUCAAAACUGUCUCAUAACAUGAAAAUUCAUAAAAAAUCAUAAUUAAUAAUAAUAAUGAUGAUCAGAGAGAUCAAUCAGUACUAAAAUUAUAAAAUAAAUAAUUAUAAACUCUAAUAGCCUCUUUGGAAUUUAAAUAAAGAGAACAAUACUUAUAAAAUUGCAAUCAAAUUAAAUAAAUCCAAUAAGAGAAGGAGUAAUUAUUAGAGAACAAUACAAACCUAAAUCAAAAAUAAUAAAAGCUUAAUUAAAGAUCAUAAACUCUAUUGUAAAAACAAAUGAUUUUAGAAAAAUAAGAAAAAUAAAUGCAAUAUUAGAUAUUAUCUAUAUAAGACAAUGAAUAAGAACAAUAAAAAAAUGUAAUAAAAUUUAUUAUUAAUUUUAGGAUGAAUUAUUAAAUGAAAGGAGAGAACAUAUGGAAGGAUUGUAAAUAAAACUUAAUGAAUACGUUAGCCAAUUAUUAAAUUUAGUAAAUUCAAAAAAUAAAGUCGAAAAUUAAUUGACCAUAUAAUUUGAUGCUAUUGAAUUCUUGAUUUAAUACAUUCUAAAAGAAAGAUCAAUAUUAUAAUCAGAAUAACAAUAUCUACGAAAAUUUAAAUAAGAUGUUUUGAAUUAGAAAAAGUAAGUCUUAUAAUUGAAAGAUUAAUUUUUAUGA